AUGAUUACUCGUGUAUUGCUGAAAAAUAAAAAUUUUAAGUUUUCUAGACUCUUCUCGACUGUCGUUCAGCAAGAAGUUGCUAGAAAUGAUGCUGUGGAAUAUCCAGUAAUAGAAGAUUUAUCAAUAGAAGCUAAAAGACUUAAGAAAAAGCUAGAAUGGCGUGAAAAAAUUAAGCGGGUUCCGACAAUUGAGGAAAAAAUUAUUGAAUUGAAUAUUCCUCGUUAUUAUGGCUAUAAAUGUCUUAUGCUUGAAAAUAAUGACUUUCCAUACAACUCGAUGCCAUUUAUACAGUAUGUCACGAACACAGAAUUUGAGCAACUUCCAGAAAGCAUCAAGGACGAAAGAGAAGCAAAGAGAAUUGAUGGAUUUUUAGGACUGAUUAAAUCAGAUAUACAGGAUGCCAUUGAAUUCGAAAUUGAUGCUUACAAGAAUUCAUUCGAAGUGGAUGGGUCUGAUAAGUUGUCACAGGAACAAAUUGAAAGAGCAAAAAUUGGUCGAUUAGUUAAGCAACUUCAUCGAGUCAUAGUUAAUGCUCUUGGUGCUGAUAAUCGUCAUUUAUAUGAAUCUGAUAUGGACAUUGAUCCAAGAAUUGAAGCAUUCUGGUUUGUUGGAAAAUUCAUCCCUCCUUUAAAUGUCCAACGAUUUAGAAAACCUCGUCCACAUUUAAAAGAUUAUGUAAAUGAUCCAGUCGAUAGACCAUUUCAGUACGUAGGAAAUCCCUUAUUGACAAUGAGACAUCAAUAUCCAUUAGAGUCAUUCGAAGACAUUAAUUUUGAAUCAAUGAUUAAGCAAAAUGAAAAUAUUCCAAUGGAAUCAGUUUAUUCUGUUGAUCCUCUGGCACAUGGAUAUCAUACUUUACACAGGCACGGCGUUUCUGUUCCUGGAUUUUGGCCUGGAAAUGUUCGAGAAUAUGGAUUAUUGUCAUAUCACGAUAGAACUCAUUUAAUUAAGAGAUCAAAAGUUCUAGGCAUUAAAGAUGACAUUGAUGCUCUUCAUUCUCAAGGAAUAUUGUCAUCAUUUGCAUGGACAUAUGCUCAAUCAUGUUAUCAAGGAUUUUCAACAUACAAUGAUAUGACUUAUCCAUUAACAACUCAAACAGUCAUUACUGAUGGUCAGCAUUGGUCAUUCUAUAAAUAUCAAUUAAAUACAACAAUAACACAUACAGAACUAGAUGCUCCAAAUUAUAAGUACAAUAAAUGUUGGGGAACUAAUGAGAUGAAAUUGUAUGAGCAUAUAGACGAGAAUGGUAAAAUUCAUGGAAUGAAUGAUGAUGUCCUUAAACAAUUAUUAAAGCUUUACAUUAAUGAGCCAAAAGCACGUAAUUACGAAAUGAAGCCUUAUCUUGAUCCAAAAGAGAAGAAAAUUGCUGACAUUGAGGAUGUAGACAGACGUCAAUGGUUAGAGAAUAUUUACAAAUAUCUAGUCUCAAAUAGACCACGUCAAUAUCUUACACCUGAGAUUUAUCAUUGGGAGAACAUUUACAAAUUGAAAUUCCAAACAAUGCCGUUGGAUAAGAAACUACGAUUCUUUGAUUAUGGAAUUAAUCCAUUCCAAAGACAACUUAAUGAGCAUAUUCCUGAAUAUAUUCCAAGAGAUUUGCGAGCAAACGGACCACACGACAAGAAGAAGAGACGUGCUACUUAUUAUCCAUUAGAUCACUGUUCAAAUGAUCCACGAAUUAUGUCACACUCGGAAUAUGGAAGUGCUAAAGAUGGCAUUAGAAAGAAAUAUGAUAGAUUUAGAAAGACCUUUAAGUAA